CAUCGAUCUUAGCAAGUCAAACUGCCCCCACUCUCAAGGCGUCUAUUAUAUACUCACCACCAUGGAUUACACAAAUAUCUAAGAGAGAAACAAUCCAAGAUCUUACUUUCAACAUCAUUCAUCCCCAGAUUUGAUCAAUCCCACCGGCGCCGGAGAAGAUGCAUCAGGGUAAUCAUUGGGGAGGAACAUUCGACGUGGCUGAUGGAAGAGGAGAUAAUGAAGAUGAUCGCAGCCGGAAUGCGAUGUCCGGCGAUUGGGAUAAAGCUUCUAUGGGUUAUCAAAACCAGCAAAAUAAUAACAACAACAAUAAUAAUAAUCAUCAUCAUCAACUUGACGAAACGCAGCAAAGCUGGUUAUUAGGACCGUCCGAUCAGAUGAAGAAAAAGAGGAAAAGAUACGUUGACUUGGGUUGCGUUGUCGUCAGUCGCCAGUUUCUUAAAUGGUCAUUGAUAAGUCUCGCGAUUGCGUUCGUCGUUAUCGGCGUUCCUAUUAUAAUCGCUAAAUCCAUUCCAAAACACAAACCGCAUCCAUCUCCACCGGAUAAUUAUACUCUUGCUCUUCACAAGGCUCUGCUUUUCUUCAACGCCCAAAAAUCUGGUAAAUUGCCAAAGAAUAAUGGUAUACCAUGGAGGGGUGACUCGGGUUUGCAAGACGGGUCGACUCAACCGGAGAUAAAGGGUGGGCUCGUGGGCGGUUACUACGAUGCGGGCGACAAUAUCAAGUUUAAUUUUCCUAUGGCGUUCGCGAUGACAAUGUUGAGUUGGAGCGUUAUUGAGUAUCCACACAAGUACAAAGCUGUGAAAGAGUAUGAUCAUGCUCGAGAACUUAUUAAAUGGGGCGUCGAUUAUUUACUCCUAACAUUCAAUUCCUCCGCCACCAAGAUCGAUAAAAUCUAUAGUCAGGUAGGCGCGGCUAAAAAUGGUUCCACAACUCCGGAUGACCACUAUUGUUGGCAAAGACCGGAAGACAUGAGCUACGUUAGGCCUGUCGAAAUCACGACAUCCGGUCCCGACCUAGCCGGAGAAAUGGCGUCUGCUCUGGCCUCCGCAUCCAUUGUUUUCCGCGACAACAGUGCAUACUCUGCGAAGCUUGUGAAAUCGGCUACGACUGUUUACAAUUUUGCUCGGGAAAGCGGGCGGCGUGCCCGUUAUAGCAGCGGAGGUUCAGACGCAGCACUAUUCUACAACUCGACGAGCUAUUGGGACGAGUACAUGUGGUCGUCCGCGUGGAUGUUUUACGCCACGGGAAACAAGACAUAUAUAGAGCUAGCCACGAAUCCAAGUCUAGCUAAGAAUGCCAAAGCACUAAUGGUUUUGCCCGAUUUUAGCGCGUUGAGUUGGGAUAAUAAGUUGCCAGCAGCAAUGUUGCUGCUAACGAGGUUACGGGUAUUCCUUAAUCCGGGAUACCCUUAUGAAGACAUGCUCAAGAGUUACCAUAACGUUACCGGACUUACCAUGUGUUCUUAUCUCCAUCGUUACCAAGUCUACAAUUGGACAAAAGGUGGAUUGAUAGAGUUGAAUCAUGGGGGAGGGCAACCAUUGCAAUAUGUUGUAAAUGCUGCAUUUUUAGCUUCACUAUUCGUUGAUUACAUGAAUGCCACGUCAGUUCCAGGCUGGAGUUGUGGGCCCACUUUCAUCCCAUUGGAUGAACUUCGUAGCUUUGCAAAAUCUCAGAUUGAUUACAUAUUGGGGGACAAUCCAUUAAAAACGAGUUAUGUGGUGGGAUACGGGGACAAGUUCCCACGUUACGUGCAUCAUAGAGGGGCAUCGACACCACACGACAAGAAGAAGUAUUCUUGCACGGAUGGAUGGAAAUGGAGGGAUAGUAAAAAACCGAAUCCUAAUAAUAUAACAGGCGCGAUGGUGGGAGGUCCAGAUGCAUUCGAUAAGUUCAAAGGAGAUAGGGCUAACUUCAGCUACACCGAGCCCACCAUGGCGGGCAAUGCUGGUUUAGUGGCUGCGCUAGUGUCGCUUACAACUAGUGGUGGUUAUAAUAUUGACAAAAAUUUCAUUUUCUCUGCGGUUCCACCUCUUUACCCGCCUAGCUCACCUCCCCCUCCACCGUGGAAGCCUUGAUUCGAUGGGAUUUUUAUUUUAUUUUUGUGAAAUCUUUAGUAAUAAUAAUUUGGUGUAUUUCUUCAUAUUACUUUUGAACAAUGAGGUGAUCUAUUUAUAUAUACCUUUGGAUAUAUACUCUUUUUGGG